AUGUCACCAUCGAAGUCUAUCUGCGCGAUCUUGCUAGCCAUGAGCUUUCUCUUUCAUGGAGCUCAAGGAAUAGUCAUCGCCUAUCGAACGGUUUCACCCGCGGAAGCCGCCAUUAUCAAUCAAAGCAACACGCUGUAUAGAGAUCCAAGCAUCGAUGACGAUUCCCCAUACUACCCUCAAAUAGGAAAUGGCAUAUAUACGGUACAAGAACCUGCUGGCUGGAGAACUCGAGGAAGCCAAUGGUAUUGUGCUAUCGAAGCGGAUAGUGACAAGUUCGAUGCCGUAGACAAAGUAUGGGUCCCGGAAUAUUGGGACGACCCAGAGACUGGGGAAGAAGAGAGCUUGUGGUCGGUAGCUGAGAGCGAAAUCCUGCGAUACAUCGAUACGUUGGUGUCAAAUUCCGAGGACGCGCUGCGCUUCUCCCGUAUCUCGGGUAAUGAGAGUAAGCUGCAAAUGCUUCUUCCAACGGACGUGGUAAAUAACAAUGAUUUGGGGUUUUCGGCUAUCUGCUUUGAUAGCGAAAGGCAACUGAGGGGAUAUUCGAACGAAGUUAUUGAUUGGAGGGCUUGGCAAAUUGAGGGAAGUCCUUGA